GCGUGGUUGAAGAGUGAUCGUGAUUAUACUUAUCCCGAGCUCCUAACGAGGUUCUACGCCUCCCUCCACGCAGCCAACCCCGCCCUCCUCUCCACAUCCUCCCGAAAGCGGUACACAAUCGCCCCACCCCAACUCUUCCGAGAAGGAAACAAGAAAUCCAUAUUCGCAAACGUCACAGACAUAUGCAAGAAGAUGCACAGACAGCCGGAACACGUCAUCCAAUUCCUCUUCGCCGAAAUGGGAACAACAGGCUCCGUCGACGGCGCAGGCCGGCUCGUCAUCAAAGGCCGCUUCCAACAAAAACAAAUCGAAAACGUCCUCCGUCGAUACAUGGUCGAAUACGUCACCUGUAAAACGUGCAAGUCCCCCGAUACGCUUCUCACAAAGGAGAAUAGGAUUUUCUUCAUGGCGUGUGAGAGCUGUGGGAGUAGGAGGAGCGUUAAUGCUAUUAAGAGUGGGUUUCAGGCGCAGGUUGGGAAGAGGAGUAAG